GCCUGGUGUGAGCGUGCAUGUGUGCGCGCCCACCCUGUUCCAGCUGCUCCCUGUGAAAACAUCUCUGGCACAAAGCAGCCGCCUCGACGCGCAUCUCGUCCCCCUCUUCCUUCGCUUCUUCGGGGUUUAUCUCGCAGGCUCCGGCGACGGCCUUUAAUUGUUUUUUAGUUUCUUACCGUCAAAAUGAGUCGGGAUGUAAUGCCGCCCCAACGUCGCUAGCUAGGCGGAGAAAUUCCUCCAACCAGCCCGCUGCUCGCUCCACUCACUGCGGGGUUGGCACCACAUUAGCAGAGGCGUCGCUGGGUGAGCUAUCCGGGACUAGCUAGCUAGCGUCCGUAGUCGUCACGUCUGUCUUAGCUAACGUUAGCUAGUGUGGUUAGUUGCCGAGUGGAGGGUCGUGCAAUAACUAUUAUCACUAAUGUUAGCUCACUAGCGAGGACUGCCACUUUUUUUUUUCUAGCGUGAACUAGCUUGCUAGCGUUGCACAGAAAACGACCGUUAACGGGUUUUGGAUGUCUCGACACUGCCGGUUUCGAACCACGGACUGCGAAGACAGAACCGGAGCACAGCGACAGGCGGUACCGAGGUAGAACCAGACCACAGAGUGAUAGGAAGGGGUUCAUGGUGUGACGCGGGUAUCAAGUGGCUAAUCUGUUGCAGGCAUUUUUUUUAACAUUAGCCCCGCGCUAAGGCAGAGCAGCUCAGGGAGGCCCCGCCGUCUCCCGACUCCCCUCCCCUGCCCGAGUCUCCAGCGAUCUGCCGAGAACACCCGGGUGAAGUCGCAGUUGUUCCCGGCCGGGGGGCAACUUGACAGCGAGGCCCCUUUAGCUUAGUCUCCCCUCCCCCUCCGCCCCAUUCCCUUCCAUCCAUCCUCCCUGCCUUCAAUCCGUCCAGCCCCGUGCAGACCGCCUCCUCCUCGCCCGAGACAGAAAGCGAGGGACCGGGGGGAUAAAAAAAAAGAAGAAGCAGCGAACCGUGGGCAAGUGUUUGUCGGGUCCCGUCUGAACCGGGCCGCCACAAGCAGAGGGGAUGACUCUGGAGUCCAUGAUGGCUUGCUGCCUGAGCGAGGAGGCGAAGGAGUCGAAACGAAUCAAUGCAGAAAUUGACAAACAACUCCGCCGAGACAAGCGGGACUCCCGGAGAGAGCUGAAAUUGCUGCUUCUCGGUACCGGAGAAAGUGGCAAAAGCACCUUCAUCAAGCAGAUGAGGAUCAUCCAUGGAGCUGGAUACUCAGACGAAGAUAAGAGGGGCUUCAUCCGGCUUGUUUACCAAAACGUCUUCACCUCCAUGCAGGCCAUGAUCCGCGCCACAGAGACCCUCAAAAUCCCGUACAAAUAUGAACAGAAUCGGUCUAAUGCCAUGCUCGUGAAGGAGGUGGACAUUGAGAAGAUCACUGGGUUUGACAAGCCCUACAUUUCAGCGAUCAAAUGCCUGUGGUCCGACCCGGGGAUCCUGGAGGCCUACGACCGCCGCAGAGAGUACCAGCUGUCUGACUCUACUAAAUAUUACCUUAGCGAUAUAGACCGUGUGACUGCGGAGGGAUACGUUCCCACCCAGCAGGAUGUGCUGAGGGUCCGUGUUCCCACAACGGGUAUAAUAGAGUACCCAUUUGACCUGGAGAACGUCAUCUUCAGGAUGGUGGAUGUAGGGGGUCAGAGGUCCGAGAGGAGGAAGUGGAUUCACUGUUUUGAGAAUGUCACCUCCAUUAUGUUUCUGGUGGCGCUGAGUGAGUACGACCAGGUCCUGGUGGAGUCGGACAACGAGAACCGUAUGGAGGAGAGCAAAGCUCUGUUCAGGACUAUCAUAACCUACCCUUGGUUUCAAAACUCCUCCGUCAUCCUCUUCCUCAACAAGAAGGACCUGCUGGAGGAGAAGAUCUCCUACUCACACUUGGUGGACUAUUUCCCCGAGUUCGAUGGUCCCCAGAGAGAUGCACAGGCAGCGCGGGAGUUCAUCCUCAAGAUGUUUGUGGACUUAAACCCCGACAGCGACAAGAUCAUCUACUCCCACUUCACUUGUGCCACGGACACUGAGAACAUCCGCUUUGUGUUUGCAGCUGUCAAAGACACCAUCCUACAGCUCAACCUCAAAGAGUACAACCUGGUGUGAGGGCGCACGUACGACGCACAUCUCCUCCCCAUUGCACAAAUGCACACCUCUCCCGGAGUGUGCGCUCAGCUCCACAUGCAUCAAACAACACAUCAUGCCGACUCACACAAAGACACACACUCGCACACACACACACACAGGACCCUUCCUUUCCUCCCCCAGUUGCAGUACAUUCACAGAUCCUCCCAUCUGCAAAUGCCGCCCCUGCUCUUUCACCAUAGCUCACCCUCUUCUUCUUCACUUGGCAGCUUGUUGUGUCAGAAUCCUCGCUCCUCGCAAAGCUGCUCCGUAUGUCAGAUAAGGCCCCGGCUGCCGGCUCUGGCACAUUUCAUCUGGCACACAAACCUUUCACACGAGCUGUAUAGUGACUGAAGGGGACUUUCGUGUCUGUGUGUGCGUUUGUGUUUGGUGCAGCAUUGACUGGCAAGGAGCUGUGUUUGGGUGACCAGCGGCAUCAAACCCUCUUUUGGCCUACGGAGUUGAUGAUGAGGUUGGCGGUUUGAGAUCAGAUCCUCUGUCAUCUCCUUUCUGAGCUCCUGCCGGCGUGGAAGGAAGCAAACACUGCAUCUCCUGAAAACACCGAGGACCAGUGGCUGAAAGCUGAAGGACAAAUACUGCAGAGUGAGUCGUACAGGAUGUGAGGACACAAGGGGAUGAGGCUGAUGAUUCUGUCUCCCCCUCGCAUCUAUGAAUGUACCCACCAGAGUGAGCGUCGCAAUUGAGAAAAAACAAAAGGAAAAAAAAUAGAAAUAUAUAUAAUAUGAUGUAAAUGCAUAUAUAAACACACUUAAGACAAAAAGCAUGAGAGGGCAAGACAUAGCUAAUCAAAAUUUAUUCGUUGCUGAGAUUUUUUUUAAUGUUUUUAAUGAUAGAGAUCUGUUGCUACUUCUAUUAAACGGAUAAUAGCUACAUGGGAUGGCGAUAAGAUAAGGGGAGAAAUCGAUUUAAAAAAAAAAAAAAGAAAGACGUUUAAACAAACAAAGACAUCUUAAAAAGAAGCGACCAGAAAUUUACUUGACAUAAGGAUCAUUUUAAGAUAUCUGUAAUUUUGUGUUUAAGGUAAUCACAUGGCUUCCCUCCAGAUGUUUUCUGUAUGGAUUCACAUGGACAAUCUUCCGUGUGACCUCCGCACUGAUAUACAACGACCCCCCCCACACCCUUAGUACAAAAACACCUGUAGCGUGUGAGAGGACCCUGCUCUCCACACAGGCGCUGCUCUGAUUGGUGGAAGCGGAUAUAGAGGGUAAUCCGAGGUCAUCAGUGCGCAUCACCCCACAGAGCACAUCUGCAGCUCGGGCUGCAAGUAGCUUAUUCAACUAAAUAGAAGCUGGUAAUUAAACGCGCCCUGGGUGUGUGAGUAGAAUCCAUGUGGUAACAUCACUGAUGACGUCACACCUUGCGUCACUCAGCCGUCCAAUCAGACACACUUCCUGAUGGUGACCUAGUCAUCCAUUAUAUCGGAAUGUGCCUCUGUUAAUUUUUUUUUUUUUUUUUACUGUAUAGUCACUUUGUUUAUAAAGUGCUGUUGAGUGGUGAGAGGAAGGGGAGUGGGGGCUAUGAUCCUUUCACAGAAAACGCACUCUGAAGUCUGCUAACGUUGUUUGUGUAUAUUUGUUUGUAAAUACAUAUACACAAAACACUCCUGUACAAAAAAUGCUCUGUGGUACACCAUCUUUGGCAAAAAAAAAAAAAAAUACAAAAAAAAAAUCUUAAAUUCUUUUGUUAGCACACAGUUUUUCUUAUGGAUUUAUGGUAGUAUUGAUACUGUGAUUAUGGAUUUUGUUCACUUGAUUAAUAGGACUACGCAGAGCUGGGUGGUGCUGAGGAAACGAUCGGCACGGAGCAAUAGUCAGAGAAAAGACGUUCCUCCUAACCAGCCUCACAACUCCACACUACUGCAACAGCUCUGCCGCCAGAGUAACACAAACUAGGGCUGGUAAAGAAAAAAAAAAUCUUCACAGUAUGGUGACAAGAUGAUUUUAAGAGUAAUUAAAGACUUUUUUUUUAUUUAUCUAAUUUAUGGACCAGGUUUGAAGGUGUUGUUAAUUUGACUGCUUUUGAUUCUGUCAUGUUGAAGUGCUCCUUUUCUCACGGCGGAGCCUACUUGAGUCUGAACUGCUGUAAAAAAAACAAAAAACGAAUGUCUGGUAUAGUAAGGACUUUAUCUCUGCUUUCUAUUUCUUAUCGCAACAUUUCCAGUUGUACUUGCCAUCACAUCUCCAUCCAUCUGUAAUACUAUUUGGUUUCUUUAGAAGCCCUCACAUUUGUUUUGUUAGAUUUAAAAAGAAAAAAACAACAAAAAAAAACCAAGAAACUCGUAUUCCCUCCUGGUUUAUAGAAGCAGCGCUGUAAUGCAUACCUAGAAAAAUGUACAGUACGAACGUAGGUGGACUUUUUUUUAAAUCAGUGAUUGAAGACCCCCCGUGGUCCAUGCUUGCUAUUUGUAAUUUAACACAAAAAAAAAAAUUCUGUUGUCAGUUUUUUUGCAUCGUUACUUUCCAGUUUUUUGAGGCUUGCUUUGAUAGUGCCAGUGAAGUGCAGAUAAUUUUUUGGUCUUUGACCUUUUCUACAGGUGACUUAUCCUUCAUCAUCAUUAAGGGCUAUCACAGUGCAUCAGGCAUCAGACAGUCGGGGCUGGAGAUCAGGACCACAGAGAACCAAGUCAUCCACUUCCUCUUUAUAAACGGAGGUUACUCUUAGUAUGUGUUCUAAGAAGUAUAGGCAGAGUGUUAAUGCAAAUAUAAGGUGUGUGUGUAGAGAGCGUUUACCAACACUAAGCAGUUUUCUUUGUGUUUUUUUAAUUUUUUUUGUGAUGUAUCUGGCCCUUUGGUGAGUUAGGUGGACCCAGUAUGUGUCUCUGACCUUCACUAAUUCACGUGUGUUUGCACUGGUAUCACAGUGUUACCUGUAACGCCUCUCGCAGUGUAGAAACACGUCUCACUAAAAGAUACUGCUAACCAGGACAAGUGUUGCAUUUUCCUCCCAAGUAUAUGAGUUGUACCUGAAGCCAAGAAAUCUUAAUGGUCAUACUGGUGUUUGUGUAUUUUAACCCAUUAACUACAAAUCUUAAGCUUCGUUGUUGAGCAUUUUUACAGUUUAUAGUUUUAGUUCCAAUUAACCUGGCAGCUUCUGGUUUCUAUUAAUGCCACUAAGGUUUGUGGGUCUCCUUUUCCCCCUUUUCUCAUAUUUUUGUUAUGUGAUAAUUGUGGCAGUGAGCAGCGAUGCUCUCAAAGAAGCUCUUAAAGCGUUUAAUUGGUCGACGUAAGCAUAUCCUAGAACUGCAUCAAUCCUUAAAUCAAAGUAAUAGUAAAAACUGCCUUAAAUCCCCAAAUCCAGAGUUUGUUUUCAGAACACAAACGCAUCAUGUACCAGUGAUGCAAUGAUCCAACUCUUCUGAUAUCUCAGAAUCUGCUGGUACCCAGUACUGAUGCCAACCUCAGUGUGAGCUGUUGCAUUGGGAUCAUUUUAUCUUUAAGUCACAGCUCAGAGAUUACUGUGACAUUAUAAACUGAGAGUUUUGUUCAAAUUUGAAAACACUUUAAAAAGGAAACGCUACAAUGAAAGACACUGACAAAGAAACUGGACGUGGAUGAGUUUAGUUUGAGACCUGAUCAGCUCAAUUAUUUGCUUUUUUUUUGUUUAAACAAACCACAGGCUGCCUGGAAAAUAGGAAAUCAAACUGUAAGACCUAACACAAGGUUUGAAAACCAUCCAAGUUAAUGGUGCUAAAGUAUAUAUUUUGAAUAAUGCCAGUGUGUUCCUGAACUGCCAUUUUGUCUGCUGUAAAUGACACUUAACCUUGUUUUGUGGAGGAAGCAGACCGCCAUCCUUCAGACAGCUGUCAUAAAGAGGGCCCGGAUGCCAGUAUUUAAGUGGAACGAUUAUACCAGUAUGAUUACCCAAGUAUUUAUCAAUGGUUGUGUUGAGAUUUACUGUGUGUUGAGUGCAGCUUACUUAAAUAGUGACAAAACUGAUGUAUUUUUUAAACUUGACACUAAAACUCUGGCACAUGGUGAAGGGCUGACUCUCUUAUUAGUGUGGGUGUGGUAGUUUGUUGGCAGCCCGUCGUUGCAGUGUGUUAACACAUUAUCUCACCGUACAGGAGCUGGACAGAGGGAAGGCAGCCGCGUGCGACACUUAAAUCUCCUUCUUGCUCUUUCGUUCUCGUCCGUUUUUUGGAGCAUUGACCAGUGAAUAUACUGGACUGGUUUUUCACUACAAUUCUCUCUUAUUUAUUGCCUCUCAUUGCCUUGAAUAACGACAGAUGGCGUUCCCGGCCUACUGCGGUUUCAAAGCGUGCUCUGUGACCUCGUGGCAGUCGGGAGGUGUUUGAUGUCCCCUCCUGUGGGCUAGUUGGAAUAGGUGGAAUCAAAUUUAUCCUUUGGACAUCAGUAUAAAGUCGGUGCAUUUUCAUAAACGUAACCUUGCCUUCCCCCCCCCCUUUUUUUUUGGUGUGCGUAUGUUUUUUCAUUUUUUCCUCUCUGUGUACAAUAAGAAGACAUUACCAGAACACUAUUAUUUAGGACCACAAUGAUUUAUUUUUCCUGACUCCAAUGAAACCUGGAGGUCAGUUGUGUAGUGUUUAAAAUACUGUUUUUCUUUCCUCUUUAUUUUGUAUGUCAACCAAAUGUAAAUGAUGUAUUAUACUGAGUGUGCCAACCCCACUCUUUAUCUAGAGCCCGGCUCUCUCUUAAGUGCCAACGCUGUGGUCAUCAUCAGAAGGACCACCGCCCGAGAUGGUCUCCCCUUUUUAAAUAGAACAUACCAGAGACUAAAAGGAUAAAUGAUUAAGUACAAAACACUUUAUUCUGUAUUUAAGAUUGAAGAUUUAAAAGAUAAUCUGCUGUUUUUUUUUUUUUUAAGAAACUGUAAUUACAAUUGCAUGUGCUGUUUAUUUUAUGUUGGAAGUGAGGGCUUGGAUGUUUUCAUUGAAGCAGAGUCCUUAAUAAAGGGGGUUCAAUCAGUUGGUUAUUAUCGAUUAUUGAUUUACAUAACUCUUGCCAUAUUUUUUUUUUAAUGUGUUUCAUGUAUUUGUUUCAACCACUGUUGCCUGAUCCUCAUUCAAACAUGAACAUGACUUACGAUCAUUAUCGCCUUCUAAGAGAGAAACAUAAUGACAAGGUAUCUGUUUUAAAUUGAAAUAAAUUUGUUCCUAUACUUGC